AUGCUCGUACUUAGAGAUAAGAGUUUGUAUUCGAGCGUGUCAAGCAACGGACCUUACAUUCGAUCCUUGGCGAAUCAGGUUGUUUUGAGAAGACUGCCAUGUGGUCUGUGGAUCACAACAUCGGCCAAGGGAAAUGUGUACAAUAACAUCGAAAGCACGCAAGAUGAUUGUUUGCAAGCCGAGUUCGUUGGGCGUGCUCCGAACCUACUUCGACUCGGCGUUCUUCCCCACGUCGGCGCAGCGCUGACUAAGCCCUCCCUAUUGCCUCAAAUGGUAAUUGUCGCACUUGCCACAGAACCGGCCUUGAUGGUCGCGGUGUCGACGCCCAUCCAAUUCUUCGUAGCUUGGCGUAUCCGGCUCUUGCGCCGAUCCAUCUGGAUUCCUCUGGUGAUAUGCACAUUGGCGCUAACGUCAUUAGCUGGAGGAAUCUUCGCAACCUACCAGAUCAAGCACUACUCUUCCUUCGCGAACAGAAAGCAGACUAAUAAAUCCGCGCUUCUGUGGCUUAUUUCUGGCGCUUGCGCAGAUUUGUUGAUCACGGUGACGCUCUCCUGGAGUUUGUAUGAGCGCAAGACCGGGGUAAAAUCCAGUGACGCCGUCAUCAGCCGGAUCAUCAGGUUGACAGUACAGACGGGUCUCAUAACUUCAGUCGCUGCGGUGGCAAAUGUUAUCACUCUCCUCGCGCUGCCGGCGGGGAAUACCCUGAAUUUUAUUUUCAACAUCACUCUCAUGAAAUUCUAUGGGAACUUCUUGCUGGCCACGUUGAACGCGCGCUCAUCUUGGAGUAACGGUUUGAACCAACCCCAGACAAGUGUUCUCUUUGACCCGAGUCCUAAGAACACGAAUCAUCGAGUUGGAGCCUCGAUUGGAGGCACUGCAGAGAACCAGGUCCACUUUCUGCCUAGCGACAAGGCGAACUAUCACACUAUCGACCUGCCUGACGCGGCGCACCAGCGCCCGGUGAAUGGGAAGGUCACGGAGCUGAGCGUCUCCAUCGAGACUGUCACUCAUCGCAAGGUAGACCCGGAAGCUUGA